CACAAUGAACUCUUCCUUACAGAAUGAUUGGUUACCUGAAAAUCGAGUUAUUUUCAUUCCAAGUUAGGUGGGAGAUCAGGAGUGGCUGCAAAAUGAGCUUUGUUUCAGCAAUAUGGUGUCUGUUUAUAUUUGGCUUUCAGCUUUGUCCAGCCAGUGAUAAUGGUCAACCGAAGGUUCUUGAGUGUUACACUGACUAUCUCAAGGAAAUUACCUGCACCUGGAAUGUAGGCCCGAACACAAACUGUUCAACUGAUUACAGUCUGCAGUACAAGUUGUUGUAUAUUUCAUCGAAACUGAAUAAGAUAAUAGAUAUUAAAACACUUCCAGGAUCAAUCUGCCAAUGCAGUAUCACAAAGCCGACUUUGGUAUUUGCUGCUGAUUAUGAAAUUAUGAUCCUUUUCAAAGGAAAUGUGGUUCUCUCCAAACUCAUUACGCCAUCACAAACCAUAAAGCCUUUGGCUCCACACAACCUCAUGAUAAACAUUUCAGCAAACAAAGAGCAUUUCCUAGUCUGGGAUGAUGAUUACAACAACACAUUUAUCGAAAAGAAUCUGGAGUAUCAAAUCGCUUACAUGAAGACAGGAGGAAACUGGAAGAUGAUUAAUGUAACAAAUCAGAAAAUGCUGGCCGUCCAAUCGGUGUUGGAUCCUGGAUAUACCUACCUUAUGAAGGUUCGCUCCAAACCAAUAGCAGGAUAUAAUGGGGCAUGGAGUGACUGGAGCUCUGAGUAUGAGUGGCCUUAUGAUUCCUCUGACUUAAUUUCAACUGCAUUAAUUGUCUUCGUGUGUAUCAUCGUCCCUCUACCUGUGGCUAUCUGCUUCUUCGGUUUCAAAUUUGUAAAGAAGAAUUGGUGGGAGAAUAUUCCCAGACCUCAAAAGAGUGCUCUAUCUAAGGAAAAAUUUGACAUGUUGCAGAAGAAUGGACAUGUUUUCAGCGAUAACAUGCUUAAUGACUGCAAAGUGGAGAAGGUUUCGUGCACCAAUGAACUCCCAUGUUUUGGAGAGAAGAACAGGAUUGAAAGUGUUGAUGACAAGCUUUGCACCAUGAACAUCCCAGUCUUUCAACCCUUGAUGGAGAUCUCCGAUUCCAAUGAAAAAUUCCCCUUCCCUCAUUUUCCAGGUUUCAAUUUCCCAGUCCUGAAAAACCCCUUGACCUCUUUCUCGUUGCCCUUUGAGGAUUUGCCUUUUUCCACCUCCGAAGGUCCGGAUUACUCCUUAUUCAAAAGUGUCAUGAAAGACCAAGAAGAAGACAAGUACCACCCCUUCACUGUAAAUGAAGACAGAGACUCCCCACUCAAACUAAGUACCUACUCAGUUUGCCCAGGUGCUAACAGUAUGGCAACUGGAUCUUCUGAUGAAGUUGGUUAUAAAUCUUUCAGCAAUUGUGUCUCUGCACCCUGGACCAAAGUAACACAAACUGGAGAGAAACAGAACUCAGAGACCCAACUGGAGUCUAGUGAAAUUGAGUCAUCUGACUAUCUGUCUUCUGAUAAACUUACAUUCAAGUCAAUCAACAACAUGAUGCCAAAUUGUGAAUGGGAUAAAGUUCACAACACAUCAUGUGACUUCACACUGGAUGAUGGGACUCACUUCCCAAUAGACCCCUUCCCGAUGUUCCCUGAAAGCCUCCAGUCUUCAGCCUUGCAUUUGAAUGCACAGACACAGUGGUGGCAUCCAGUCUCAAUUCACAGGAUGUCCAGCACAACAGAGUCUGACUUCAACCCACAUCUCAUGACCUCACAGGACUGCUGCCUGAAACAGGAGCCAGUCUUGGGCACAAUGAAACAGGGGGAUGUUGGUCAAGCAGAGUCAGUCCAUCCAGGAAAUACAUUGGAAAAGACCCGGAUGAAAUACAUUGUGGUCCCAGAGGACUCUGAGCUGGCUCUGAAUGAGCUGACACCCUAUAUGAAACUGUCGUUACUAAAUGUGCAAGCAAAAGAUAAGAUACAGGGAGUGGAGUCAAUCCAUCCCCUAACCAAGCAUGCAUAUGUUAAUGAUAAUGUCACAGUUAUACAAAGGGACAACAUACUCGAGGGUUGAAAGGAUGAAUAGUUGGGCUUUACUGAACACUUCUAAAUCUUGAGAAAGAUAAAGACACACAUCUACGGACAAAGUAUAGCAGUAAUAGUAGCAUGCUUCAAUUCUUUUUACUUUAUUCAUCAAUUAUCUCAAAGUUUAAAAAAGGCAAAUACAACACAGGACCAUACAUACUUUGCAGAAAAUACACUAAUAAAAACAAGAAGAUUAGGGAAUAGAGUUAAAGACAAGGUGAUGUGAAGAAUUCCUCAAAUAUGUACAGGAAAAUUUCUUGAUUAGUACUGUACAUCCAGCUCAAUGAGAACGGAAAAAGUGCUGAAUAUUGGUGUGUUAUAUGCUCUUAAUAUACACAUCCAAACAUUAUUAUAAUGAUUAGUAAUCCAAUGAAGGGUCCUUUAUUGAAGAGUAAUAGGAUUCCAGGAGAGCUGUUCAUAAACAAAUAUGCUGAUCAACACUGCUGUGAUUACUUUUUAAUGUUAUCUUACUUUACGUAAUGUAAUGAAGUGUACCACACCAUUUACAUUUUCAAUGGUAUGUUAGUUGGUAUAUUGAAAUAUAUGUUCUAAAUGCAAUCAAUGUUUUUUCUUUAAAUUAGAAAACACAAGAUAUGUACAUAAUUUGAAAAGUAUGUAUUAACAAUUGUUCUGCUGAUUUGACUUGACCUGGUAAAUCAUUAAACUCUUGCUAAUUCAAA